AUGAAGUCUAUAUUGCUGCCAUCACCUACUCCUGCAACAGCAGCUCCCUUGCCUUCUAAACCAAGAAGUAUAGAGCUUUUGUGCCACAUUGACCGGAUUUAUGUGAGGGUUCAGAAGAGUCUCUUUACCAGUCCAGAUGCUGGGAAAUAUCUCAAAGUGGGAACAUGUACCAUGAAUAAGGAUACAGCUGAGUAUUACUACUUCCUAUAUCCCAUCAACAGCUGCAACGUACAACGUCAUGAAAAUGAGAACCGUGUCCUCUAUUCAAAUGUGUUGUCCUAUGAGCCUCUGACCGAUGAACCAGUUAUUCGUGAGCUACCAUUUUCUGUGCCACUGGAGUGUCGUUACAACAAGCACUUCCGCUCCUAUAAUGUUGGCUAUCAUCCUCAAGUGGAAGCAGGGACUGUCUUCUUGAGCUUACAAGGUGGAGUCUCCCUCACACCUGUAGAUGAGAAUUGGAAGCCCCUUGCUAGUUGGCAGACCUUUAUGAUUGGCCAGCCCAUGUACUUUGAGGCCGUGACUCCCCAUGGUCAUGCUGGAAUGAGGCUCUACUUAAGCAAGUGCUACAUCACUGCUUCUCAGAACCCUGACACUACACCUAAAUACACUGUGAUGGAUAACUAUGGAUGCAUGGUGGAUGGUAAGAACACUCCUCAAAGCAAGUUUUACCCUAGUGAGGACAAGGCCACAUUAAGGUUCUCUGUGGGAGCCCUUAUGUUUAAGGACAUGGUCUCUGAUCCUACUGAAAAGAAGGUAAAUGCAACAUGUGAAGCUGACCCUGUCUGUCAACAUCCUGGUAGGGAAUUUAACAUGCUGUUUGCUUGCCUGCAUAGAGAUGAAAUGUUCAUUCAUUGUGAGAUGUUCCUGGGGCCAGAAUUACCAACUUCAGGAACAAAAUCAUGUUCCUACAUGGCAGAUGCACAAGGGUGAGGUUCAUGGUAUUGCAUUAUGGAAGCAAACUUUCUUUGACUUACACAAAUAUAUAAAAUGACUUGUUGCUGUGCUUCUAGGUGGUCAGAGUUGUAUGGAAGUGACUUGGCUUGUGCUUGCUGUGACACUUCCUGUCCUG